GGAUAAUUUGGGUAUUUCGAAAGGAGUUUCCCAACGUUCGGUGUUCAUUUACUUUCACACGCCUUGUGUAACCCAACAGAUUAUUAUUGAAUAAAACCACCGUAAGAAACCCUAGCUAUAUUUUCCGGCAACCCAAAAUUCCGUCAACAAGGUUUCCUUACUGAGUGACCAUCUUAAUCUCCAACGAUUAGCCAUGUUUAUUGUCGAGAAAGCAAACUUAUCUUCCCAUUUUCGAUCAAUCAAGAAAAAACCACCGCAUGUUCCCAAAAACUACCAACACGCCGCUCGUUCGUUUGAUGAAAAGGUAAUUCUCCAUCUGAAAACGCUAGAUCUACCCACGAGUUCCUCAAAUAUCAGUUUAUCUUGGCUAUCGGCCGCAGUUUCGUUUCUCUCAACUGUUCAUUCCGAAGCGGAGGAUCAGAUCUCGAAUCUGAAAUCCGAAGCCGAUGAUUAUCAGGUUUUGUAUAUGGAAUACAGUCUCAAGGUACUUGAUCUGUGUAAUUUGUUUUCGUCGGCGGUUCAAAAAUUGACCGACCGACGUCUUUUGUUGAAUUUCAGCCUUCGCUUGCUUAACUUCUCAGAUCAGAUUCCAUCGUCUGAGAAAUUGAACAAGGCAAAGGAUUCUCUAACCAAAUCUCUUAACAAUACACAAGAAUCUGUAAAGGAGAAAAGUCUCCGCGCCAAGGCUUUGAUCGAGGAGCUGACAGUACUUCUCGGUAAGCUGCCGCCGAGCAAGUCGAACACCGGAAGAGAUCUGAUCCGUCGCUCGUUUUCCGCUCUCGGAGUCCUUACUGUUUUUGUCGGAAGCGUUUUGGUUACCGUCUUGUACGGGGAAUCCGAUGUAGCUAAGCUCUCAGUUCCGGUUGAGUUCCUCUGGGCCGACUCAGUCAACGGUCUGCAGACUCAAAUCUUUGACUUGAUAAAGCCGAAGCAAAAUCCGGUUUUGGAGCUUGACGACAUCGCAAGCCAGGCGGCGAUAGUACUCGACCUCCUUCAUGUCUUUGUUUCCGACGACGGAGAUAAAGUCGACGGCAAGGUUCGUUUGGAGGACGGCGUAAAGGAGCUGGGAACGGCGACGAAGAAGUUCUCGGACGGUGUAGAUACGUUGACUAACGGAGUGAACGGUAUGUUUCGCACUGUGUUGAACACUCGUAACGGCCGUUUAGAUCUUUAGUUGGUGGGUGUGGGUCCAUUGUAAAUGUUUAUACGUUUAGAUGGAUAGAUAAGAUGAAGUAUUAAAAAUAUAAAAUCAGUAGUAGUGUAUGUUUUACUUUACGUCGUAUGUGGUAAAAGGCUUGCAAAAAUGUGUGGGGUUGAAAGUUUGAAUAUGGACAAAAGUCUAGUAAUACAAGUUGUGUAUAUAAAAGUUUAUUUUAUUCGCGAUUUAA